AUGCAGUCCGGUACCCCUGACGGACGCGGACCGCCUUCCUGGCUGCAGAAAAUCGCCGAGUGGAUCGAUACCCAUCCGUACGGUGUCGUCACAUGCUCGGCGUUGAAGCGGUCCUACCGGGAGCUGAUUGUGGGAGAACGAAAGAAUGUGCGGCUGGUGUAUUUGCAGGCGGAGAGGCAGUUGCUGGAAGGACGGAUGGGCAGGAGGAAGGGGCAUUUCAUGCCGGCCAGUUUGCUGGAUAGUCAGUUGGCGACACUGGAGGAGCCGGGUGCCGAUGAGGGCGCAGUGGUGGUGAGGGUGGAUGAUGGGCCGGUGGAGCAAACGGUUGAUGAGAUUGUCC